GAAGGGGGGUGGUGGUGGUGGUCGUCGGCGCCUGGGACAAGCCGAGAAGGGGGGCUUGUUCCGCAACGAGGAGAAAGCCCGUGGAGGAGAGAGGGCAAAAGGCGGAUAUUGGAGAGAGGCAGACGGUCCACAUCAAGUCGGGCUCUUACACCACUGAGCGUUGGGUGUGAAUUGUAUAGUUGUAUGUGCGGUAACAACAUGUCUGUCCCCCUCCUUGCUGAUGCUGUGACCGUUUCAGGGACAGAGCGGGAGACUGCAGCGGUCAUUUUUUUGCACGGGCUCGGUGACACAGGGCACAGCUGGGCUGAUGCUCUGUCUUCCAUCCGGCUCCCUUAUGUGAAAUACAUCUGCCCUCAUGCACCCAGAAUCCCUGUCACUCUCAACAUGAAGAUGGUUAUGCCCUCCUGGUUUGAUUUAAUGGGGCUAAGUCCGGAUGCGCCAGAAGAUGAAAAUGGAAUUAAAAAAGCUGCUGAGAACAUUAAAGCUGUAAUUGACCAUGAAAUUAAAAACGGGAUCCCAGCCAAUCGGAUCAUCUUGGGAGGCUUUUCACAGGGUGGCGCCCUCUCCCUCUACACGGCGCUCACUUGCUCUCACCAGUUGGCUGGCAUUGUGGCCCUCAGCUGUUGGCUCCCCCUGCACAGGACCUUCCCUCAGGCAGCAAGUAAUGGUGUGAACAAAGACAUCGCCAUCCUGCAGUGCCACGGUGAGAUGGACCCAAUGAUACCGGUGCGCUUUGGAGCUCUCACUGCAGAGAAGCUGAAGGGGUUUGUGAAUCCUAGUAGAAUCCAGUUUAGAACCUACCCAAGAAUGAUGCACAAUUCUUGCCCUCAGGAGAUGAUGGCCGUGAAAGACUUCGUGGAGAAGCUGUUGCCCAGGAUUUAAGCCGAGCUAGUCAAGACUGUUGCAGGGAGAGGAGACAGAAGUCACCAGCUUUGAUCUUGAACCCUUGACCUGUUGGCUGCAAUUGGAAGCCAUGGCAAUCCACCUCCUCACCAGUCACUCGUCUCCUUUCUCGAGCCUUCCCCUCCUGCCUGCGCUGUCCCCCCCCUCCUGUGCAAAGGGGGGAGGAGAGUGUCCUUCUCUCCCACAUGGCGGGUGAAGGUACCAAGUGGUUUUAAGGUACAGCUGAGAUCCUAAUCUUGCAGAUUAUUAUUUCAGUCACCUUUCAGUAUUUCCCUGUUCUCUCUCCUCUUUCCUGUUUUGUCUCAGCACCCUCCCAAUCCAACCCCCCCCCCCCAAAUCUAAAUGUAAACUGCCUGUGGCUGUGGCAGAGAACUGCGUGGUAGCCAGAGGCUUAAAGCAAAAGGUAUUAAGAGACGGUGUUCUGGCUAUUACCAUACUUUCAAAGGAGUUUUACAGUUCAGUCUUCUGAACUGUCCACCAGGCAUCCUUCCCCCUUCAUGAUGCUCAGCCCGUCCCACUCCAUAUUUCACUGGGACCAUUUCAACUAUGCAGGCGGGCUCAGCUUUCUCCGGCGUGGCAAGGCCUGUUUCUGCCCUGCGCAAGCCGUCAGCCCUGCCAUGCUCUCUGUACUAUAAGCUCUCCUCCAAGAGUCCGUCAGCAAAAAAGAGGAAGAGUUGCUUUGUGUUGAAGGGCCACGGCCGGUUGGUUCCCCUUGUGACAGUGGCAGCUGCUCCACCAGUCCCUGCCCUGAACGGAGUGAUAAAGUGGUGGAGAGGACCCACUGUGCCGGGAGUCACUUCAUGUUGUGUGCUGUGGACUGUGUUGUUGUGUUCUGUCCUCUCCUCCGUGCUGCCUUUAUCCUGACCCACGGGACCCUUUUUGUUUUGUUGUGAGCAGGAGAAAAUGGCUAUCCAGGGGAGUGGACUCAAGAUGGGUCUGGCCAGUAGGCCUCCCUAGACUACGGUCUCUGACAGUUCCACAUACUAGUCUGGGCAGUGCUCAGACAAUGGCUGUUCUAGCCUGCUAUGCCAACUUGUGUUCCUGCCCAGUCACACCAAGCAAGUGCAAGCUGGGUUUUGGUGUGUGCCAUGUUGCCAGAAUUGUGCUCCUGCUGCGCCCUCCCCCCCACUUCCUGUGUGGUUCCCUGAGUCCACUGUCUCUUGUUUUCUCCUUGAGAUCAGGCUUGUGCUGUUGAACAGCAGCAAUGUUUCUUUUCCUUCUCUCCCUUGUGAGUCACUGCUAUGGGCUUAUCAUAAGACUGGCAGCCAGGGACAAGAUGCAACUUCAAAAGCAACUUCCCCCCCCCCUCUUCCUUUUGUUUUGGCGAAGGGCUAGUCUUGUUUUGUGUGUCACCCUGCCACCUGUUGUGUGUGUGUGGAAUUCGCACCCUUCCUUCUCCCUCUCCUAUGCAGUCCUUUACACUGGGCAACAGCAAUAAGAAGGCCCAGGACUAGGACAAACCUCUCCUUUCCUCUCCUGGCUUUUGUGAUGGGAUAGAGACAGGCUUACCCAACAUGCCGUUUGGGGCAUCUAAAUUGAGAUCCUUGUGAACUGCAGCUCCCUCCCGUGCCCCGUGCUUGGUAAUCCAGCCAGCAUCGCCAAGGCCUUUUGCAAAAUUGGCUCCUCUUCUGAGAAGCUGAACCCGUGGGGAUGACGUGUGCGUGGCCGUUGUGUGGCAAAGUAGGAUCAUCCGGUGAAAGGGAGACCCGGUUUGGGGAGAGGAAGAGGCCUGGCCUCUUUGUGCAGCCCCCACCUCCCCCUACCUUCAUCUCUAGAUUGCAGGGGCAUCUCCAUCUGAACCUUUAUUUUUGAGCGGAGUGCCGCUCCUGUCCACACAGGUAAUAAGUGAUGGUGGAAAAGCAGAAUGUCUUCAGCCUCCUAUCCUUGCCAAGAAAACACAAUAUUCCUCUUCAGCCCGUUUGUGUUUCCCCUGUUUCAAAGGAACGGCUUCUGCAGCUGUCUUGACCUGCACUUGGAAGUGCUAAUAGAUAGGAAAAAAAACACGCCUGCUCAGUCUCGCUACUAUCGCCAGAAAGCAAUGGUAAAAUUCUGAGAGGGUAAAAUGAGUUGUGCAACCGAAUGGACCACAAGUGUGAGCAGAUAUCAUUCCCGAUGUUUCCGUUUAAAACAAAACAAACAAAAAUCUUUGCAAGUAAAACAGAACACAUAAAGGGAAUCCUGGCUCACCUUCCCCCCCCCCCCUUCCCUUUCUGCUUAUUUUUUUUAAGAGUGGAGCUUGUUUGGCUAAAUUAGGUUCUGCACGCAUUUGCAGCAAGACAUAGCGCAGCCUACUUCACCAUUCUCGCGUCCUCCAUGUUCUACUGCAUUUCAGCUUCCUUCUGCACCAAGUAACCCGCAAGGGGCCAUGUGUGGACAGGUUGGUUGCCUGUUUCCACCACUCCGCUCCUCUCAGGCCACUGAGCUGUAAUGUCCCGCAGAGCAAGUGGAGCGAUCCCGGCUCUGGUUUCGGCUAGCCCAGCUUCCUCAUUGGGCCUUCCCAAAGCUGUUGUCAACGUGGCCUGGAUGGUAUAGAAGGGACGGGAAUGAACACAGAAGCCCCCAAGGAAGAAGAUGCUUCUCUCUCUGUUCCUGCAAGGGGAUCUCAGCAACCUCUUCUCCCUUUCCCUCUGUCUCCCUCGUAUGUUGUUUUAAUUUUUGUGUUCCUUCCUUCAAGAUUAAACAGAAACCGACAUCGGU